UUCUGGUAGAUCUGCUGUCGUCUUGCAAACUAUUCCUCCUGAUGUUUACAUUUCAUUUGCAGUGUAUUUUUAACAUUCUUAAUAACGAUUGCUGUCGAACUGCUCCUUCGGAUAUACAAAAGAAGAGUCAGCGCUCGGGUUUGAGCUGUUUUUACCCCGACUAAGAUCAUGGCAUUUGCUGGACGGGUUAUCCCUCUAACGACAAACUGUGCGAGUCGAAGGAUUCUCGUUCCGUUCUGGGAUUCCGCGCGACCGAGUGCUCGCUAUGCCAGUUUUGGAGGAUCUGGACCAGUUGUGACAACUGGCUUGAACACGAAUGUCUCCGCGGUGGGGUCUGGAGCUGGCAGUGGGUCUGACCCCUCUAAUCCAGCGUACCCCCCUCAUUCCCCCUUCUCGCACGGGUUUACGCGCGCGAUCCUUGCGGAAGAAUUCUCUAAUUUACAGCCAGCGGAUAAGUUCGUCCCUCCGCCCGCAAAAUGGGGCGGUCGACACACGGUCACACUGCUGCCCGGUGAUGGCAUUGGUUCGGAAAUGGCACAGCACGUCAAGGAAAUAUUUCGCUAUGCCGCGGCUCCCGUCGAUUUUGAAGAAAUAGAUCUGGACGCUACUUCACCCGAUGUUGAGGGCUUCGAAUACGCUCUUAUGUCCAUUAAAAGAAAUGGUGUUGCUCUGAAAGGUAAUAUUGAAACCCGGAGCAGCUUUCAGGGAUUUCAGUCUCGCAAUGUGGUGUUGAGGAAUCGACUGGACCUGUUUGCCAGUGUUCUGUGGGUUAAGAAUCUUCCUGGAAUUAGGGCUAAGCAAAAGGACGUCGAUCUCGUCGUCAUUCGUGAAAAUCUGGAAGCUGAAUACAGCGGUAUUGAGCAUGAGGGUGUUCCCGGAAUAGUCGAGAGUUUGAAAAUCAUCACCAGGGAGAAUUCUAUGCGAAUUGCUCAUUUUGCUUUUGAAUGGGCGAGGAAAUAUGGUCGAAAGAAAGUCACCGCCAUCCAUAAAGCCAAUAUCAUGAAAAUGAGCGACGGUUUGUUCCUUGAAUGCUGCAGACAGACUGCGCAGGGCUAUCCAGACAUACAGUUCGAUCAGAUGAUUAUUGACAACUGUAGCAUGCAAAUGGUCAACAAGCCCGGCCAGUUCGAUGUGAUGGUAAUGCCAAACCUGUACGGAGAUGUGCUGAGUAAUAUUGCUUGCGGCGUGAUCGGCGGACCUGGAUUGGUUUCUGGAAUGAAUCUUGGCUCACGCUAUUCCGUUUUCGAAACGGGUGCAAGAAACACUGGAAAAUCCAUUGUUGGACAAAACAUCGCUAAUCCGUGCGCUUUUAUUCGAGCUAGCAUUGAUAUGCUGAAUUUCUUGAAACUUGAACACCAAGCCCGAGUAAUAGAAGAUGCCGUUAUGAAAACCCUCCUUGAGGAUAAAGUUUGGACGCCCGACCUCGGGGGUCAAGCGACGACAACGGAUGUUGUUCAAAAUAUUGUGAAAUACGUUAAAGCUAACGCUUAGAUCUUGUGGUAGGGAAUUUAGAGGUGCUUUGUAAUGACGGUGCCGAAAUCGCCAUUAGUGUGUAACCGUUGAACCAUUAUUUUGUUUUAUUUAUGUUAACUACGAGAUGUUUCUAGUUCGUGGGAUACUAAAAUUAAUGUUGUACUUUCUGCCAGAAAUUCGAGUGUAACGUGAUUGUAUUUUCUCAAUAAGAAUUAUAGUCUUUUAAA